CUUCAGACUCCAACCAUCAUCAGAAACAGAAAGGCAGCCAGUCUCAGUGACCACAGGAGGGGUCCUGUGCCCUCGUCAUGCCCCACCCUCCUCACCUGGCCCACUCGCCUUCCUGCUCCCAGCUACUGGCACUGUUCCUUGUCCUCUCAGGCUCCUCUGAGUUGAGCAACGGGAGUGAGUGGCAGGUGCUGCAACCCGAGGGUCCCAUGCUGGUAGCAGAAGGUGAGACACUCCUACUGAGGUGCACAGUGAUCGGCUCCUGCAUUGAUGCCACGAUGAAAUGGAUCAAGGUGAGCAAUCAGGAACAGCAGGAAGUUUAUAACUUCAAACAUGGCUUCUUUCCUGGGGUGAUGCCCAUGAUCCAGGGGACACCGGAGCCACUUAAUUGCGAUUAUUCCAUCUAUAUCCACAAUAUCACCAGGAAACAGGCAGGAACCUACCACUGUGUGAGGUCUGAUGGCUUGAAUGAGCACUCAAAAAUACAGCAGGAUGAGGGCACCUCAGUGCUUGUGAAGGGAGCUGGGGACCUAGAGCCAAACCUCUGCAUUAUCCAACCGCAGGAGUUAGUGUUGGCAACCACUGGAGACACUGUCUUCCUGAACUGCACAGUGCUUGGAGAUGGUCCUUCCGGACCCAUCAGGUGGUUUCAGGGGACUGGUAUGAGCCGGGAGGCCAUUUACAACUUUGAAGGCAUCUCCCAGCCCAAGGUGACAGCGGUCCGGGCCUCCAACAGCGAUUUCAGCAUUCUUCUGCAAGACGUCUCCACUGAGUGUGCAGGCACCUACUACUGUGUCAAGUUUCAGAGGAAACCCAACAGGCAAUACAUGUCUGGACAGGGCACGAUGCUGAGAGUGAAAGCAAAGCCCACUUCUGUCAAUGAGACAGAAGUCAUCGAUCAACCUGUAGCCAGUACACCUAUGUCAGAUCUCCUGUCUGUGCUCGCAACUGUGGUCCUGGGGCUGAAGACAGUGACCUUGGCUGCACUCCUACUGGCUCUGGCUGUCUACUGGAGAAGGGCUUGACAAGAAGAUAUCAAAACCCCAGGCCCAGCAAAGCUGUGUUCAUCUUAGCAUGGGGCAUGGAGUAUGGGUGAAGGGUUAGUCCCAGAGUGGUCCUCUGAGUCAGAGAGGAGCCAGGGUUUCCCAACCAUUUCUCAGCCUCCAAUCCCAGCCUCCAGAGACCACCACCAGCCGCCCCACCCCCACCCCCAUCCCCAGGCCUCAUGGCAAACUCCAGGAUCUCCACCCCUGGUUUCAGGUCAGCUGGUGAAAUACUCACACUUGACACUGGGCUCCCCUCUGAUGUGCCUUCCUCUCUCUUCUCAGCCUGGUCAAGCCCUAAUUGUCCUUCAAAGCCUUACCCAGGUCUCUCCUGCUGCAGUCCCUCCUGCUGCCCCCCCCCUUUCUGCUCCUCUUCACGUUUUCUCAACCUUCAAGAUCCUUCCCAGAGUCCUUCCCAGAAGGUAUCCCUGAGUGUCUCUGGGCUCUCCCAGCCACACUGCCUGUGCCCCUCCAUUUACAUCUUUCCCCUACCCCUGCUUUUUUUCCUUCCCUACUGCGGCUAGCUUGGGUAGCUGUAACACUUGAAAUUCAGUUUGGGCAACUUGAACAAAACUCUUAAAUAACCGUGGCCUAAACCAGAACAAAGUUGGUUUCUCUCAUAAUAUCCAAGCAUAAGCAGGUCGGGUAAAACAGUAGCUCCCUGGUACUGAGACCCAGGAUUCCUUGAUCGUGUGCUACCAGGUCCACAUCCCAGGCAGCAAGGCCAGAGAAGAAGUGAAGGGGAGCAUGACCCUCUCCUUCUACAGCAGCUGCUAGAAAUUUGCCCACAUCACCUCUAAUUGGCUGGAAUGUGUCACAUGGUCAUCUAGCUGCAAGGAAGGCUGGGAAAUGUAGUCUUUCUUUUGGCAGCAAGGUCUCCAGCUGAAAAUUUUCACUGGAGAAUAAAGGGGUAAAUAUCAGUAGAUACUGUAACCAGUAAUUUCCAUCUCAGUGGCAUAAAGGCAGCCUCUUACUUACUUACUUGUGUGAUACCUGAGUUCCAUUCCCAGCUGAAACGGCACUUCUUUGUGCGACCACCUCCGCUAGGGCAGCAUAAUGGAGGGCACUCAUUCUGAAGAAGAGAUUUUGCCCCCUGGGACAUUGGACAAUGUCGAGAGACAUUUUUGGUUGUCACUACUUGAGGAGGGUGAGGUGCUAUCACCAUCUAUUGGGUAGAGGACAAAGAUGCUGCUAAAUAUCCUAUAAUGCACAGGACAGCCCACAAAGAGUUGUCUGGCUCAAAGUAUUAGCAGUGCCCAGGUUGAGAAGCCCUGGUGUAGGGGAAAACGUUCAUUUCCUGAGUCAGACAUGCCUGACUUCUAACCCCGAAGCCCUCACUCCCUCCCUGUGUGCCCUUAGUGACUAACCAGUCCCUUCACCUCUCAGAAUUGGGAGGCUAAUAACCUGGAUUUCUCUGCAUUGUAUGAGAACCAGUUCAGCUCAACAUUUGCUAAGGGCUUACUAUGUGUUAUGUGCACUGUGUACACUCGGGAUAUGUGAACCCCCUUCUGUCUUUCCGUGCAAACAUUUAUUAGCACUUAACUAUGUGGGAAAGUGGAGUAGUCCGGAUGGUUUUCAUCAUAACAACAGAAAAACAGGUUGAACAAGACUCAGACAACAGGGACAUUAACUUAGUCCAACAGUUGAAUAAAUCAUUGAAUCACCAGACAUCAGAAAGCACAGAUGCGGUGGGCUGAAUAACAUCUCCCCACACAUACACCUCCAAAGAUAACCACAUCCUAGUGCCUGGAAUCUGUGCCUGUUACAUGGCAAAAAAGGACUGUGCAGAUGGGAGUGAUGACCUCGAGAUGGAGAGGUUAUCCCGGAUUAUCCAGGAAGGCUCUAAAUACAGUCACAAAUUGUCCUGAUGAGGGAGAGACAGAAGGAGAUUCGAAACAGAACAAAAAGAGGAAGCAAUGUGACCACAAAGGCAAAGAUGGGAGCCACAAGUUAAAGAAUGCCAGCAGUCAUCGAGAACUGAAAGAAGCAAGGAACAGAUUCUGCCCGGCGCCGCCAGAGGGAGCGUGUUUUGCUGACACCAAGAUUUCAGCCCAGUGAUACUGAUUUCAGACUUUUCUGGCUUCCAGAACUAUGAGAGAAUAAA